CCACGUCCGGUGGUGGCGGAUGCCGGCGGGCUCCGGUGCGCGGCCAUGGCGGCGGCGGCGGCAGCGCACAGCGUGCGGGUGCUGCGGGAGCUGAACCGGCAGCGCGCAGCCGGGCAGUUCUGUGACGCGACGCUCGGCGUGGGCGGCCGCGAGUUCCGCGCGCACUGGCCGGUGCUCGCCAGCUGCUCCCGCUUCUUCCGCGCGCGCGGCCCCGGCGGGCCCGUGGCGCUGCCCGACGGCCUCGCCGACACCUUCCAACUGCUGCUCGACUUCUUCUACACGGGGCGCCUGGCGCUCACGGCGCACAACCGCGCCCGCCUUCUGGCGGCCGCCGAGCAGCUCGGCGUGCCCGACGCCGUGGCGCUGUGCCGCGCCUUCCGCCCGCGGCCCCGCCGCGUCGCCGCCGCCACCGCCCGCCCGGAGCCCGCGGCGGCCCCGCAGCCCGGCGGGCAGGCGGGCUCCCCCUCAGCCCCGGAGGAGGCGGCGGUGGGUGGCGGCGGGCGGGGGGACGGCGACGCCGAAUCCCUUCCCGAGAAAAAGGUGCUGCGGGGCAAAAAGAGCCCUCCCACUCCGGGAAAGGCGCCGGGGAGCAGAAAAGGUACAGCGGUGCCGGUCGAGUGCCCCACAUGUCAUAAAACCUUCCUCAGCAAAUAUUACCUUAAAGUGCACAACAGGAAACACACUGGAGAGAAGCCAUUUGAGUGUUCCAAGUGUGGCAAAUGUUAUUUUAGAAAAGAGAAUCUCCUGGAACACGAAGCCAGGAACUGCAUGAACCGAUCGGAACAGGUAUUCACGUGCUCAGCCUGCCCGGAGGUGUUCAAGCGGCGGAUGGAGCUGCGGCUGCACAUGGUGUCACACACUGGAGAGAUGCCAUACAAGUGCUCCUCGUGCUCACAGCAGUUCAUGCAGAAGAAGGACCUGCAGAGCCACAUGAUAAAGCUGCACGGUGCACCCAAGCCCCAUGCGUGCUCAACCUGCUCCAAGUGCUUUCUGUCCCGGACAGAGCUGCGCCUGCACGAGGCCUUCAAGCACCGUGGAGAGAAGCUAUUUGUGUGUGAGGAGUGUGGGCACAGGGCCUCGAGCCGCAAUGGCCUCCAGAUGCACAUCAAGGCCAAGCACAGGAAUGAGCGGCCCUACGUGUGUGAGUUUUGCCACCACGCCUUCACACAGAAAGCCAACCUCAACAUGCACCUGCGCACGCACACUGGCGAGAAGCCCUUCCAGUGCCAUCUCUGUGGCAAGACCUUCCGGACACAAGCGAGUCUGGACAAGCACAACCGGACGCACACUGGGGAGCGGCCGUUCAGCUGUGAGUUUUGUGAGCAGCGUUUCACAGAGAAGGGGCCGCUGCUGAGGCACGUCGCCAGCCGGCACCAGGAGGGGCGGCCCCACUUCUGCCACAUCUGCGGGAAGACAUUCAAAGCGGUAGAACAGCUGCGUGUCCAUGUUCGCCGGCACAAGGGAGUGAGGAAGUUUGAGUGCAUUGAGUGUGGCUACAAAUUCACACGGCAGGCUCACUUGAGGCGCCACAUGGAGAUCCACGACCGAGUGGAGAACUAUAAUCCUCGACAGCGGAAGCUGCGGAACCUGAUCAUCGAGGAUGAGAAGGAUGUGAUGGUGGUGCUGCAGCCACCACCAGAGCUGGAGGUGGGCUCAGCCGAGGUGAUCGUGGAGUCACUGGCCCGUGGGCCACUGCCUGAGGAGGUCCCUGCACAGAAACUCUGCUCAAACGAGAACUUCUCCCCUUCAGACGUGAUUGAGCAAUCUCUGAUUAUAACUACCACAAUUCCUGAAGACUGUGAGACAUAGUGUGGCCACCUAUCCCCUUCCACUGAAACACAGUAAAGUGUUAAGCUGA